ACCACAUUUUCACAGCCUGCUCUCCAGACUGACAGCAGCAAACGGAGAGCCAGCACAGGACAGCGAGGCAGAGGGAAUGACUGGAAACAAGGGAAGCAUCCACUGAGGCCAGAGACAAGAGGAAAAAAAGAGGACACUCACACAGGAUUUGCCUUUUAUUCCUUCCUUUUAGCUCAAUCACUGCACCCUUGGGAGCUAGAAAAAAAAGAGUCUUCUUGAAUUGAACUUGCUCUGCUGUAGGACCUGCACCCUGCUAUGGCAGCCCAGAUGGGACACGGGAACUCUAUCUCCCUCUUAUCUUGUUCUUCUUUUCAUCGGACUACUGUAUUCUGGGCUUUUCCUGACUCUUUUAAACCAGGUCUGGGGUUUAACCUGGAUACUACUCACACACUGCAUAAGUUUGGAGAUGGCACCUUUUUUGGUUUUUCUCUAGCACUUCAUCAGCAGCUUACACCAAAGCCUCAAAGCUGGGUCCUGGUGGGGGCGCCGCAGGCUGCAGGGCAGGGCUUGAUGCGGGGAAGUCGACCAGGGGCGUUGUUCAGGUGUCCAAUCACACCUGAGGAGUAUGACUGCGAAAGAGUGGAUAUUGAUGGAGAAGUGAGACUGGAUAGAGAGAGCAAAGACAACCAGUGGCUGGGAGUUACUGUCAAGAGUCAAGGGAUCGGAGGGAAGGUGGUGACUUGUGCUCACCUAUAUGAGUUGAGGCAACGUGUGAACCAAGCCUCAGAGACAAGGGACCCCAUUGGACGCUGCUACGUCCUGAGCGAGGACCUGACAGAGCGAGACGACCUCGAUGGAGGGGAGUGGAAAUUUUGUGAGGGGAGACCACAGGGACAUGAACAGUUUGGCUUCUGUCAGCAGGGCCUGUCUGUCAGCUUCACCCCAGACAACAACUUCAUACUGUUUGGGGCUCCAGGAACAUACAACUGGAAAGGUGAGAUGCGUGUCCAGCUCCUAAACCAGACUCUGCUUGACCUUGGUUUCUAUGACGACGGACCAUAUGAGGUGGCAGAUCAGAAACAGCUUAAUGCCCAGCUCAUCCCUGUGCCCUACCACAGUUACCUGGGUUUCUCUGUGGACUCGGCGAUGGGCAUAGUGAGCCUUGGGGAGCUGACCUUUGUGGCAGGUGCACCACGGGCCAAUCAUACAGGAGCGGUUGUGCUGCUACGGAAGGACAACGUGUAUCGACUGGUGCCGCAACAUAUUUUCUGGGGGGAGGAACUGGCAUCUUCAUUUGGGUACUCAGUAGCCACCACAGACCUCAACAAGGACGGCUGGACCGACCUCAUUGUGGGAGCUCCUAAUUUCUUUGAUCGUAAGGCUGAGAUUGGAGGCGCCGUUUAUGUUUACCUGAACCCAUUCGGUCACUGGGAUGAUCAAGCUCGGCCAAUCCGCCUCAACGGGACCUACGACUCCAUGUUUGGGAUGACAGUCAGUAACAUAGGCGAUGUGGACCAGGAUGGAUAUGGAGAUAUUGCUGUCGGAGCUCCAUUUGAUGGAGAUGGCAAGGUUUUCAUCUAUAGAGGCUCAGACGCUGGAAUUGAAACUAAACCUGCUCAGGUAUUGGACGGUCGUGAUUUUGAUGUGAAACGUUUUGGAUACUCCAUCUCCGGUGGUUUGGAUAUAGACAGUAAUCAAUACCCAGAUGUAGCAGUGGGAUCCCUCAAUGAUUCAGUCGUUCUCUUCAGGUCUCGACCAGUCAUUCAUGUGGGCAGAAAAAUAUCCAUCGACCCUCAGAAUAUUGAUCUGGGGCAACAUAACUGUAAAGGCAGAGAUGGAGUUUGUGUGGAGGUCCAGGCCUGUUUCAGCUUCACAGCCCACCCAGAACACUACUCACCCCACAUCACCCUGGUGGUUCACUUUGAAGCUGAUACAGAGCGCAGAAAGUUGGGCCUUCCGCACCGUGUUAACUUCCUGGGCCGAAGUUCCCUUGAGCCAGAGUAUACCCAGACAGAAGAAGUGGAGCUGCAUCGCCAGAAUCAUCCUGUGUGCACUUCUGCUGUCUUCCAACUCCAUGAGGGCCUUCGUGACAAACUGCGGCCCAUCUCCCUGGCCAUAACCCACACUAUCAAGCCUGUGCCACCACGCAGACACUCAGGUGCCAAGAAGCUGGAAAAGCUGGCGCCAAUACUGAGUGUUACCCCGUCUAAUACGCUGCACUCUGAGGUGAACUUCCUACGGGAAGGAUGUGGCAGUGACAAAAUCUGCCAGAGCAACCUGAAGCUGAGCUACCAGUUUGGAACACGACCCGUGAACUCUGACCUUUUCACCCCUUUGCCAAAAGAUGAAGAUGGUGUGCAGGUGUUUUCUUUGUCAGACCAGCGGGUGGUGGUUCUGGAAAUCACUGUCACCAACAUGCCCUCUGACCCCCUGUACCCUGAGGAGGAUGGAGAUGAUGCCCAUGCCGCUCAGCUGCUCAUAACUCUUCCAAACACGUUGUCGUACGCUGGCUUAAGGAUCCCACCUCAGAUGAGAUGUCAAGCAAACCAGAAUGGCUCUCAAGUUGAGUGUGACCUGGGAAAUCCUCUGAAAAGAAACGCUAAGCUGAAAUUCUCUAUCAACCUGAGCACGUCUAACAUAACAAUAGAGACCACUGAGUUGACUGCAGAUCUGUUACUGUCGACUAUCAGUGAGCAGUCUGACUUGGACCCAGUCACUGCCUUUGCUAAAGUUGUGAUAGAGCUCCCUCUGUCUGUCAGCGGGCUGGCCCGUCCUCAUCAGCUGUUCUUCAGUGGAACCGUGAGGGGUGAGAGUGCCAUGACCAGUCUGGAGGACAUCGGCAGCCCUGUGGACUUUGAAUUUGUGGUCUCCAAUCGAGGACAAGCUGUGCAGACGCUGGGUUCUGCCUUCCUCAACAUCAUGUGGCCUUAUGAGUUGUCCAAUGGGAAAUGGCUCCUGUAUCCUGCCAGCUUGAAGUUUGAGGGUCAUCCAGACACCCAGUGCACUCCCACAGGGGCCUUAAACCCCCUGAAACUACAAAGCUCCUCACCAGCACAUCAUGUGACAGGGAGGACGCGUCGCUCACAUCCAGAGGAGGAAGGUCAAGUGAUGACCAAAGGCAGCGUGGGACGAACCACCCCAGCUGUGGCUGCCUCAGAGAGACGCAAGUCCCUCAAACUGGACUGCCUCCUGGGCUCGGCCCGUUGUGUUCUGUUCCAGUGUCCCCUCCACAGCUUCUCUGGUCAGGCUGUCCUGAAAAUCAACGCCAGACUGUGGAACAGCAGCUUCAUUGAGGAGUUUGCAGCAGUUAGUGCUUUGGAGCUGCUGGUCAGAGCCAACAUCACUGUGAAGUCCAGCAUCAAGCAUCUACUCCUGAAGGAUGCUGCUGCCCAGGUUCCAGUCAUGAUCUAUCCUGAACCUGGUCUUGCUGAUCAGUACUGGAUCCCCUGGUGGAUCAUCCUCAUAGCCAUCCUGGCAGGCAUCCUGCUGCUGACUCUACUUGUUUGCCUAUUGUGGAAGUGUGGCUUCUUCCGUCGGGCCCACUACAAAGACAAAUUGCCUCAGUACCACGCGGUGAAGAUUCCUCGUGAGGACCGGCCACAGUUCCAGACUGAGAAGUCGGGGGUUGUCCAUAAAAAGGAAUGGGCCACACACUGGAGCGACGGGACCUUGUAACUCGCUUGAAGCUCAGACUGACUCAGUUCAUUUGAAAUCACCACGUGUGGUUCGCAUCCUGUCUUCGCAUUGGAACUAACUGACUAAAAAAAAAGUGCACAUGGACUGAGACCAUGAAAUCGUGUGCAUGUUGUACUGUGUCAGUACUUAUUAGUGGCCUGUUACACUGACUGGAUCUAUAUUCUCUUCUAUCCCCAUCCUGGCUGGCCUUGGAUAGCCUAUUUAUAAGGUGCAUCUAUAGUGGUGUUUUACAGUAAAUACUGAAGGUCCAUAACUACAGCAGAGCCAGUCUACCUGCUCAAUAAGUUCUAAAACCUGCAGAAGGAGUACUGACGUGGACUUCAGUGUCUGUCGGAGAACAGUUACCACACACUGACAUGCAUGAAUGCACAAUGAUACAGUAUAAUAAUAGAUGCAACCAGACACACAACGUUAUUGAUGAAGAAGCCACUGCCUGUGACAGAUUACUUUUUGCCUUAACUACUGCAAGACUGACGACUGAUAUGGGCAAGGAAAAAAAUGAGUUUUUUAUAUAUUAAUGGUGUUUGGGGGAUUUUCUUUUAGUUAGCACUGGUGGGGAAAUGUCAGUAUGUAUGAUAACAGUAAAAUAAGAUGUUAUGGAUUAAAACACUGAAUGUGUUGAUUUCUGGGCUUGCUGAUUUCUUGGAGCUGGAAAGAAAACCUUUAAAUAAGUUCACAUAAUGGUUUUAUAUAUCCUUUCUUAAAAAAAAGCCUUUUGAAAGAAGAGCUUUUUUCUGUGGAUAUAUCUUUUCUGUUAAACAUGCCAGUCAAACACACUGUAUAUUGACAGUUGAUGUCCUGAGUGAACUUGAAUUAGAACAAGAAACCACAGUACAGCCACAGCAAUACUGUCACAUGAAAACCAAAUAUUUCACAAAACUAAAGCAUUUAUCAAAGUGAGUAGUUUGCAAUGUGAGCAAAGAAACAGUGCAUUUAAAUAUUAUGUGACCACAAAGUGUCAACAUCUAACUGAGCUGCUCUUCUGAGUUGAAACACCACAAACAGGUUUUUUUUUUUUUUGUUUACGGAGAUAUAUUGUAAAAAAUAUUUUGCAUAAUGAUGUUUUUAUUCAGUAAGAUUGUAUUAACCUGCUUGCUGCACUGUUCCUAAUGUACUCAAAGCAGUCAGUGCUGAAUUAUUUUCAGCUGUGGUGUUUCUAAUAGUCCACAAGUGCCUUAUAAUAAAAGUGGUAAACUGAGCCACUGAUUAUGAACAAAAGGCAUCUUGCAAAUGAGAUCACACUGUUCUGAAGCAUUCUUUGGAAACCUGUGGAAAAAUACUCAUCCUUCCAUCUUUCGCCAACGUGUUGAGAGGACUGAAGCGUUCUUGAGAAGCAGAAAAUGUAAAGAACAAGCCGGACUUUUAGAUUUGGGUCAAUGAAGUGGCUGUAAAGCAUGAAAAGUCAGCUUGUUUUCUUUUUAGAUAUUGCUGGACAAUCUUGUAUUAGUUGCAUGAGGCUCCCAUUACUGUUCUGAUGUCCCCCACUUUUUCUGUUGUCAUUCGGUGUUUUUAUUUAUUUUAUUUUGUUUGGCUGCACUGUUAAAACAUUGUAAAUAAAAGGUGACAAAAUGUG